AUGCUCGCACCCUGGGCGCCUCUGCUCUUCUUAGCGAUGUGGGUUAGAAGUACCGCCAGCGGGCCGCUCUCCUUCAGACUAGCUGCCAUUCUCGACGACCCGAUGGAGUGCAGCCGGGGCGAGCGCUUGGCCAUCACGCUGGCGAAGGAUAGCAUCAACCGCUCCAGCAACCGCUCCAUCACGGGCAAACUAGAGGUGGACAUCUUCGAGCUGCUGAGGGACAGUGAAUACGAGACCGGAGAGACCAUGUGCCAGAUCAUGUCUAAGGGGGUCGUGGCGGUCCUGGGACCUUCAGCCAGUCCAGCAUCAAACUCCAUCAUCAGCAAUAUCUGUGGAGAGAAAGAGGUCCCGUACGUGAAGGUGGCCCCGGAGGACAUCCUGAAGGUUCAGUUCCCCCGCUUCACCACGCUGGACCUCAGACCCACAAACACAGACGUCAGCUUGGCUGUAGCCGGUCUCCUCAACUUCUUUAACAACACCACGUCCUGCCUCAUCUGUGCCCAGGCCAACUGCCUAUUAAACCUGGAGGUGUUACUGCGGCAGUUUCUCAUCUCCAAGGAAACCCUCUCGGUUCGUGUGCUGGAUGAGAGCCAGGACCCCACGCCCCUCCUCAAAGAGAUCCGAGACGACAAAACCGCCACCAUCAUCGUCGACGCCAACGCCACCAUGUCCCACGUCCUCCUGGAGAGAGCGUCUGAGUUGGGGAUGCUGUCAGUCUACUACACAUACAUCUUCACCUCACUGGAAUUCUCUCUACUGCAGCUGGAUGAUGUCGUGGACCAGCGGGUGAACGUCAUCGGGUUCUCGGUCUUCAACAGAUCUCACCCGUUCUACGAGGAUUUCCUUCUCAGCCUUAACCGUUCGUGGCAGGAGAACUGCGACCACGCCCCUUUUGCCGGCACCCCGCUUUCCUCGGCGCUGCUGUUCGACGCUGUACACACGGUGGUGGCGGCGGUCCAGGAGCUGAACCGCAGCCAAAACGUGGGCGCCACUCAGCUCUCCUGCAAGUCCUCCAAGAUCUGGGAGCAUGGCACCAGCCUGAUGAACUACCUGAGGAUGGUAGAAUUGGAAGGUCUAACCGGCCACAUUGAGUUCAACAGCAGGGGUCAGCGCUCCAACUACGCUCUGCGCAUCAUGCAGAACAGCAGGGAUGGACUGAAGCAGAUCGGCCAGUGGCAUUCGGACCAAGGACUGUCCAUGGAGAGGAAGCCUCCCUCGCCGAACGUGACGGACACGCUGUACAACACCACGCUCGUCAUCACGACCAUCCUGGAGAAUCCGUAUGUGAUGCUGAAGCCAAACUACCAGGAGCUGGAGGGGAACGAGCGCUACGAAGGCUUCUGUGUGGACAUGCUGAAAGAGCUAGCCGACAUCCUGAAGUUCAACUACCGCCUUAAGCUGGUGGCCGACGGCCUGUACGGCGUUCCGGGAGCAAACGGGACCUGGACCGGCAUGGUGGGGGAACUCAUCACCAGGAAGGCUGACUUAGCCUUGGCUGGCCUGACCAUCACUGCAGAACGAGAGAAGGUCAUUGAUUUCUCCAAGCCGUUUAUGACUCUGGGGAUUAGCAUCAUGUACCGAGUUCACUUGGGAAGAAGACCAGGCUAUUUUUCUUUCCUGGACCCCUUUUCUCCGGGGGUCUGGCUCUUCAUGCUGCUGGCGUACCUAGCAGUUAGCUGCGUGCUCUUCCUGGUAGCCAGGUUGACCCCGUACGAGUGGUACAAUCCACACCCGUGUUUGAAGGGCCCGUGCAGCCUGCUCAUUAACCAGUAUUCUCUGGGUAACAGUUUCUGGUUUCCUGUCGGAGGGUUCAUGCAGCAGGGCUCCACUAUUGCACCCCGAGCGCUCUCUACACGCUGCGUCAGCGGCGUAUGGUGGGCGUUCACACUGAUCAUCAUCUCCUCCUACACGGCUAACCUGGCCGCCUUCCUGACCGUGCAGAGGAUGGAGGUGCCCAUCGAGUCCGUGGACGACCUGGCAGAUCAGACGGCCAUCGAGUAUGGCACCAUGCACGGCGGCUCCACCAUGACCUUUUUCCAGAACUCGCGUUACCAGACGUACCAGCGCAUGUGGAACUUCAUGCACUCCAAGCAGCCGAGUGUGUUUGUGAAAAGCACGGAGGAGGGCAUCGCCCGCGUGCUGAACUCCAACUACGCCUACCUGCUGGAGAGCACCAUGAACGAGUACUACCGGCAGCGCAACUGCAACCUCACGCAGAUCGGGGGCCUGCUGGAUACCAAGGGCUACGGCAUCGGCAUGCCUGUGGGUUCGGUGUACCGGGACGAGUUCGACCUGGCCAUCCUGAGACUGCAGGAGGAAAAUCGCUUAGAGAUCCUGAAGAGAAAGUGGUGGGACGGCGGCCAGUGCCCAAAAGAGGAGGACCACCGAGCAAAAGGCCUCGGCAUGGAGAACAUCGGUGGGAUCUUCGUGGUGCUGGUGUGCGGUCUGUUGAUAGCCAUCUUCAUGGCCGUGCUGGAGUUUGUAUGGAUGACGCGUCACACCCCGGGAACAGAGCUGUCAGUGUGUGAGGAGAUGCUGCGGGAGCUGCAGGGAAUCGUGCUGUGUCAGGACAGCCUGCAGCUUCGACGGCGGCGUAGCGGCGGUGCCACCGCUCUGCGCUCACAUCCCUUACCCACGGAGGACAGACGGGCGCGGCCCACGCCCACCGGCCUCAGCAACGGCAGAGUGUGCACGGGCCUGUCAGAGCCGCUCUCCCACAGACUGGCCCAGGAGGCGGCGCUGGUGGCGCGCGGCUGCAGCCACAUCCGCAUCUGCCCCGAGUGCCGGCGCUUUCAGGGGCUGCGCGUGCACCCGCCGAGCACGCCGCGGGUAUCGCCCGCCCACAGCGAUGACAGCUUUGAUUGGGACAAGAACACAAACAGCAGUGAACCUGAAUAACAAACUUUAGCCUUUUACAACCCAGCUGCAGGAUGGUCUGUGAUAGACCGGACGUGGGGGGUUAAAGGGGGGCCAGCCCUCGAAUUGACCCUGC